GUUUGGUUGUAUACUAUAUCAUUUGAUCAUAUUUUAUUUUCAGCGUGAAACUAAUGUUUCUACAUUGUGGUAAUACUACUUUUACUUGAGUAAAGGACCGGAAUACUUCUGUCACGACCGGAUUUCCACAGAUACUUUGAGGUUUAGUGGAGCCAUGAUAAAGGCCCAUCCAGCAGAUGGCGCUGGCGACUGUAAGUCCUCUGUAAAACAAAGCAGAAGAAGAAUCCCAUGAACCAGAGGAACUCAGCCAGUUUUCUCCGUCAUGUUAUUGACAUGGAUCUAUUGUUAUUGAUCACCAUGUCGCGGUAGGAGGAAAACAAAACUCAGAACAACCACCCUGUUCCGACACGGAGUCUUUAAAAUGGCAGGCGAGGAGGAGAGGGGGGUGGUUCGUGUCAAAGUCAAGAAAUGUGAUGGGCUGCUUCCUGUGGAGUUUCGCUCCUUUGCUGUUGACCCUCAGAUAACAUCUCUGGAGGUUCUGCAGCACAUCCUCAUAAGGGCCUUUGAUUUGAAUGGGAAGCGUAAUUUCGGGAUCAGUUACCUGUCUCGAGACCGGAGUGGUACUGAAAUGUAUCUGUCUCUGCUGUCUGACUGGGAUCUAGACGUUGCAUUCAUCAGUGCAGCCAAACCAUAUCUGCAGCUCAAGAUGGACAUUAAACCUUCAGAAGACAGUCCUGUUAUGGAGGACUGGGACAUCAUAAGCCCCAAAGAUGUGAUUGGCUCUGAGCAGCUUCUUGCAGAGAGGACUAGGUCUUUGGCAUCUGCAGCUCUUCCCUUCACCCAGUCCCUCCUGUCCCAGGUGGGUCGGACCUUGUCCAAAGUCCAGCAAGCCUUCAGCUGGUCAUAUGGGGAGGAGAUCAAGCCUUUCAAGCCUCCUUUGAGCGAUGCCGAAUUUCACAGUUACCUGAACGGACAAGGCCAGCUGACACGACCUGAAGAACUCAGGCUGCGAAUCUACCAUGGUGGUGUGGAGCCUUCACUGCGCAAGGUUGUGUGGAGGUACCUCCUGAACGUCUACCCUGAUGGGCUGAGUGGACAGGAAAGAAUGGACUACAUGAAGAGGAAGACAAGGGAGUAUGACCAGCUGAAGAGAGAGUGGACAGCCCGGGCCAGUCACGAGGACCUGGAGUUUAUUCGCGGAAAUGUGCUUAAAGAUGUCCUGAGGACAGAUCGGGCUCACCCAUACUACGCAGGCUCCGAAGACAGUCCACAUUUGACCGCCCUCACAGACCUGCUCACCACAUUUGCCAUCACACAUCCACAGAUAUCAUACUGUCAAGGAAUGAGUGAUAUUGCCUCCCCUAUACUCGCAGUAAUGGACAACGAGGCGCACGCCUUCAUUUGCUUUUGUGGCAUUAUGAAACGUUUGGAGGGGAACUUCCGGCCAGACGGGCAGCUCAUGUCGAUUAAGUUCCAGCAUCUGAAGCUGCUCCUCCAGUACUCUGACCCUGAGUUUUACUCCUACUUGGUGUCCCGAGGAGCUGAUGACCUCUUCUUCUGCUAUCGCUGGCUGCUCCUGGAGCUCAAGCGAGAGUUUGCCUUUGAUGAUGCUUUAAGGAUGCUGGAGGUUACUUGGAGCUCCCUGCCCCCUGAUCCACCUGAAACUGAAGUGGAGCUUCUGGGGCCCCCACUAGAGGCCGAUGACGCAGCGAGCUGCAGAGACAAGGACGCGACAGCUGAGAACUGCCGAGAAGACGAUAAGGAGCAAAAAGAGAAGCAGCGUAGGCGACAUAUGCUGAGGCCAUCAAGAGAAGAACCAGAUGUGAGCAGGAAUUCCAUCAUAGAAGCAAAAGAGUGGCAAAGUGUAGGUGGGAAGGGAGGUGAGGACAUUCAUCAAGUGAGCAUGGACAAGGCAGAUGUGCAGGCUCCUCCAUUUGAGCGGCAAACUAGUUUUGGGGAGUUUAAAUACUAUACUGCCCGAAAUGAAGAGAGCUUUGAUAUGGAGGACGCUGAGCAACCACAGGGUGUGGUACCUAGCAUCGCAAGGCGCCAGUCCACAGUCGACAGUGAAGAGGACCCAGGAGAGAGAACACCUCUCAUAAAAAACUGUGACAGUGGUCUUUCUCCAAUGUCUUCACUUCCUCUCCUUCCUAGUGGCCUACCCGUCUGGAAAACUGGCUCCUCAGUCUCUCCCACAUCUUCAGCUUCACCCUCCAGCUGGCCAGGUGCAUCCCCAGACUCUGCUCCAAAUUCCUCAUCCCCAUCUGAUACCAAUGGGAGGGAGGCCUUACCAAGAACUGUCCCAAAACCAGCAGCCUCCUCUGCUCCAGCGCUUGGCUGUACAGGGAUCAACUCACCCACGACGCCCACUGUAAAAAUGUCUGUUGCUUCUCCCUCCCACGCUCAGAACCGUGCCCUACUCUCCUCACCCAUUUUGGCCUUUGGGAGAGGCCCUUCUCCAUCUGGCAGCAGGUCUUCCUCCAACAACCUCCCUUCACCAGGAAACAGAUCCCCCAGCAUCACAGCUACCAUGCCCACUUCUUCAAAAGCUGAGACCACCAGCAUUAAACCGUGUUCCCUGCCGCCACCUCAAGAGUUCGGCAAAGGCAAUCCCUUCAUGUUGUUCCUGUGCCUGUCCAUCCUGCUGGAGCAUCGAGACCACAUCAUCAAGAAUAGCUUGGAUUACAAUGAGCUUGCCAUGCACUUCGAUCGCCUAGUGCGGCGCCACAACCUGAGCAGGGUGCUGCAGCGAGCCAAGGCCUUAUUUGCAGACUACUUGCAGAGUGAAGUGUGGGACUCGGAAGAAGGGGAUGAGGUUAGCUCAGACUCCCCGACAACAACUACUGUUGCUCAACACUUCCCUUCUUCAGCCAUCUCUCCCAGGCCCAUUUACAGCCCUUUAGCCUCGCCUCAGCCAUCAUCUCCGAACUCAACCUAUAACCUCGCAACCACCAUCCCCUCACCUACAGCUCAAAUUUCCCUUUCCCCCACUUCCUGAGUCAGUCAUCCAUCUCCUGCUCCCCAUCCUGAGUACUCCUCUGAAGACUGUCUGCAGCUGGCUGGGGGUGCAGAUCUUUUCAGACAUGCUCCCAUGUUAAAUUGGGCCAUUAAUAAUCUUCUCAUUCUGUGUAUGCUUGAAUACAUAUCGUAUAUUCCUUAUGUCUCUAGUCAUGGAAAUGUUUUUGUCAACAUUUUCAGAUAAGCUUUUUUUGUGUUUUAGUCCUUCAGUAGGGGAUGAAAGAGCUUAGUUUCGCAUCAUGUCCUCAGAGGGUGCAGCUGCAGAAUUUGCUGGUCAGACUGUUUGAGUUUACCGCUUUAGUCUGUGUUGCCCUCAUUACUAACUUUGUUUACAAGCUCUUGUCCAUUAAGCCACAAAAGUGUCCUAAAUAUCAUUCAAGAUACGUUACUUUAUAAAAGGGAAAAUCCUGAUUCUGAUUUGUUGAAGCCAUUGUUUAAAUAGCUCUUGUUCAGUGGCUCAGUUGGACAAGUCAGAGCCAACACACACAGAUCCCUGUCUUCCACCCAGUGCCAGGGGUCUAGUCCUGUGUCAAAGUGUAAUUUCCUGUCUCGCACCCAACGUAGUGUUUUUUUAUUUGUUUGUUUUUUUCCUCAUGGCGCCCACGCUGUCAAAAUACCACAUACGCUUUCGUCCACCUGGGAGUGUCGAUGCAAACGAGGGGCCUUUGUAGGUGUCUUUUGGCGCACUUAGUAUCCUUGAGGACGCAAUAAGAAGUUGCUCCAGUGACCAACAAAAAGUGGGUGCACAAGCUGCAGACACGCUGUGUGCCGCUUAGGCACGACCAUACCCAUGGGUUAAUUAAGAGAGUAAGUCCAGCCCUUUUAAAACAACUGCCUGAUACAGAUAUACUUUUUGUGCUGUCAAAAUAGCAACAUUGGUCUGGACACGCCCUGCAUGCACCUUGAUUGUUUUGCCUGGAAAGGUGCACUCUGCAUUGUCAAAAUAAGCCUCAUAUUCUGCUUUCCUUUCUGAACUAGCCUGUCACCAUUAACCUUAAAGGGUAAAUCAAAAUUUACAUAGGAUAAAAAAAAAACAAACUACUGAGGUGCUCUGAAUGUCUUCACAGAGAACACGAUCAAUAUUUUAGAUCUAGCAGCCACAGAAGUGUUGUCAGCUCAUUCUUACACCAACAGUUUGCAGCCACAAAGAUGCAUCCGUUUUUUUUUUGUUUUUUGUUUUUUUUCUGGUUUAUCGUCCCUUCUGGAAAACAGGAAACACUUUUUUAAACUAACAUCCAGUAGCUCUGUGUUUCUCAGUGAUGGCUGGUCCAACUCCAAGAUAAAUCCUGCAGUUUACCCUGAGAUCAAACUAAAUGCAUGCACUUCAGUUAUCCAAAGCUGUUUGUGAACCACAGUUAUCAUUCCAUUUUUCCUUUUACUCUUUCAAAUUGCUGUUGCAUCUGGACAUCUUGGUGAAGUGGUCUGAACAGAAUCGUGUUGCAGUGACCAAAACAUUUCUCCCUUUAUCUUAUCACAAAUGUUUUAUGCUGUAGAUAAGACAAAAUUCAUUAGUGUGUUUUUUAGCCUUGGGUGUCUUGUUGCCAUGAGCUUGAUAAUUAAGGUUUAAAAAAUGACUACAUGGUUUAAAAUGUUUUGCAGAUCAGGUAGAGGGGACGUGUGGCGAGUUUAACGCUACAUUCAAGUUUCAGCACCAGAGAUUUGAGUUACUGCACCGUGCCAGAGACCUGUUCAGAGGAGUUCAACACACCUGCACAGUUCUUACACAUCAGUGUUUAUUUAAUUGUUUGCUUUUUCAACUUUGAAUGCGACUUGGCCAAUCAGUCUGACCGGCGGUGCACGGAGAGGCUCAGAGCAGCUGAUCACACAAAGUAGUGACAUCUGGUUUCUCUAUGAAGACGUGAAUGCAGUGUGGGGCUGCUCUGCAUUGUACAAAUACCAUUCUGUUUAUGUACUGUAUGGACUCAAACAUUCAUGUACUGUUCUUAUUUAAUGUUUUGUUGGGAUUUUAUACAGAGAUGUGGCACCGAGCACUUUGGUUACUGCUGUUUCCCAAAGACCAUCUCUUCGCCCUGUAUUCUGUGUUAUGAUUUCAAAGCUUUGUCGAAAUGAGACUGAUUUUAGGCACAGGUUUCACACAUGACUGUUUAGACUUGCUUUGAGUGGUUGCUGAAGGUUCUUCAGUGUAACAGACAUGUUUGAAUAUGAUACAGUGGCAUUUAAACAAACAAAUCUGGGCCUGUGUGCAGCUGUUUGGCAGAGAGGUGCCUUGCUUAUUUUAAUCAGGAGCCUUGAUUUAUCAUUUCUUCUGUGCUCUUAGCAUCUGUCACCAUAUGGGCAGUUCACUAAGCCAGUUUUAGAGCCAAGUCAAAUUUUGAAUUUGAUAAAUGAUCAUCAGGUGUUGAUGUGUUCAAGAAAGUUAUAGUUCUGAAUCAGGAUUUUAACAGUGGAAAUAAAGUUUACAUUUUGACCUGAGUGAAAAUUAGGAGAUUACAAAAGGUCAUGAAUAAGACACUAAAUGAAAAAAUGAUAACUUAUUGUGUUAAGGUAAAAUUCUGACCCAUAAGCCGAAACUGACUCAGUGUCUGAAUUUUAACCUACAGUAAGUAUUUUUUACUCUUGUCAUUGCUAACGUUUCACCUGGUGUGAAUCGGCCUCCAUACUUGAAAAUAUCAGUAACAUCUGAAAAACCUCUGAAAUAUCUUUACAGUAAUUUUAUUCCAAACAAAGCAACAAUGCAAAAAUGAUUUUUUUCAAUUAAUUGAGAUGUAAGGCAGACGUUCAUCAAGGUGUAAUGUAAUAUUUUAAAUUAAGGUAAAUGACUUGUAGCAUCACAGAGGAUCAGUAAUGUGUUAAUAAACCCUAAAACGCACACACACCUUCCAAUUUGAUAGUAAUGGCCCACAUUUUCUCUUGUUAAUGUUUUGGACCUCAGCACAGCUCAGUUGUGUGGAAUCUAUGGACAUCAGAACAAAGUUAGGGAGUGUAUCUCUUACAGUUGUCGUUUUUUUUUAUCUCAGCUUUGUUUACCUUUAAAACUUCAUUCUUGGUUUUGAGUGGCCUGUAUUAUUCCCAUAAGUCUGUAACAUGGGGGGCUGAACAGGAAAUGUAAUGGCUCACCUUCUGUUUUAAGCUGAUAGCAGAUUCCCAUGUGUUUAGAAGGACCCUUGUGAUUAUUGCAGUUAUUACUCUGACACUUGGUUUGGCCUCCUUUUGUAAAUCCGUCUUUAAUAGCAUAUUUAAAAAGAACUGAAGUGACUGGACUAGCUGGACUGUCAGCAUUUGUAACAUGUUUUAUCUCAUUAAAUUAUAGCUGUGCACAAACUUUUUAAUUAUACAACACACAACAGUGUUACUGAUUGUGUACCAGACACAAUAAAUAAUAAUCAAUGGAAA